AUGACUAGCUUCGAAGACUCAUUCAACUCCAGCGUGCUCGAGGUGAUCGCGCCCCAGUCGUCUCUGGAAUUUCCGACAGACUACACAGGUAGUAAGGCAACAGAAUGGUUUACUCGCCUCCACACAGAAUCGACGGAUAGAAAGGUUGCAUUCUUCGACGAAAAUAUCGAGUUCAUGCUAGUUGCUCGCUUUCCAGACCAGCAAAUCGAUGUAGAAUCGACUGACGUUGCGUCAUUGAAGCCACCUGUUGACCUACUGUUCUUCCUAGCUCACCUGCAAAUUUCAUAUGAUACUUCAUAUAUCUCCUCUGCCGCUCCUACCGAUAUCAGUGCCCCGGAAAUCGGACGCCCACCUGUCCCUCCUCGCACUACCUCCAUAAAUAAAAGUAAACCUGGUGCGCUCCUUGCUGCUGCCCAUCCCUCUAUUUUCCCCCCGUCGACUCCCCAUCCCAUACCUUCUGCUGCCGAGUCCGACCGUCAAUAUGUCCAGGCACAGGGAACACCUCUCAUCUCGGGGGUAUGGGGAGAACAGCCCAUGGGGUCUAUACGAAGUCCCUCCGAUGGAUUUGCUCUACUAUGGAACCAGGAAGGGCAUGAGUGGGUUGCGCUAUAUCAGAUGUCGGUUCUCGUACGCUUUAUGACCACGAAGUUCCCGGAUCCUCUCCUAUCGCUGACUGUAUCAGCCACCCUUCGCGAGAAGCCACUUCCUAUCACACCAGCUCGUCGAGUCCUCGCAAAUUUUAUCGAGGACGCGGGCGGCUUCCCUCGUAUGCUCGAUUUGGCUUCACCUAUUAAGGCUAUAGGCGGUGAUGAUGGCCAGCCGGCUGAGGACAUCGACGAUUUGAUAACGGGAUUUGUGGAGGUCAAUCUCUUGGAGGGUCUGCAGGCCGAUCCUUCGUUCUUGUCGGAAUCUCAGCCCCCGUUGCAUCUUCCUUCUACGCGUCUUGGCCCUGCUACUCGCCGUACCGCGUAUGCACUACCUCCGGACAGUUCCAAACCUUUUCCACCGAUACAGAAAUUAACUAAUAAGGCCUUGCCCCCUAUAUCCACGGCAGGAAAGAACAACAAAUUGCCUGUCGCUCCUGCAGGAGCGACAUUUCGAAAGUCGUUUCGCAAAACAAUGAAAAUUGUGUCCGGCUUCCAUGUCAGAAUGCGCACAGUAUUCGUACCGUACUUCCUACUUCCGCAGAGUGGCUCGCGCAAGAAUAAGAACCAACGAUCCGUCUACGCAAACAGUACAAUCACGGGUGAAAAUUCCGAUAGCGAGGAUGAAGCAGCGCUACACGAGCGCGAACUGCGUCAGGCUGGGAACGAAGAGCACACCGUAGUAUUAUCGGUCGAGAUCGAGAAUCAAUUCCAAGAUAUGCCUACACAAGGGAUACCGAAUUACAGCUUUCAGAUCGAGCGUGCCGAUGUCUCUGUUAGCGGGUCAGGCGCAAAGACAGUCUUCGUCGGCUGGGGAGAUAAUGAGGACGUUUUCCCUGUUCGCAUCGGUCCUCGCGAGCAGAUCAACUUGCUGUACGCUGUAUCGUUUUUACGCGCUCCAGAAGUCGACGAAUUCACCUUGAACGUUCCUCCGAAGCCAGGGGGAACGCAAGGCGUAGAGAAACGCGCGAGUAUGGUGGAUGAAGCCCAGGAGUUGCAACGUGCUGUCUCCAUCAAUAUCAGCGUGCGACCUUUCGAGCGGACCUUUGAGACCGCCCCACCUCCUGGAUCAAGUCGCACGAUGAGAGCUUCUACAUCGGUGCAGGACGGCCCUGUGUUAUUUCCAACACACACAUACCAAUCGUAUUGGAGCUGCAAGUUAAAUUUCUCUUCAGCUACAACCUCCACUUCUAAUCUUGAAGUUGGUUCCUCCAAGACCAUUGUACUUCCUACACCAGCCUCACCUUUCCCAUCCAUGCCCGUCUCGGCCGUUCCGGGAUCGCCCUUUGCGCCUCUUACAACCUCCCGACCUCCAUUCUCCUCGGGACAAGCAAUUGCUGGUAGCAAGCGCUUUGUUUUCAGCUCUCUGGACUCUCCUGCGCCCGACCGCCAGCUGCAACAGGUGCGAUCGCCCGUGAAUUACCAGGGUCCGACAGCCAUGCUCAAUCCCGCCAACCUACCUGAAGUCCAAUCGGGUCCGAGCACACCUACAGCUGGAUUUGUCAGUGGGACUGGUAGUAGAUCUGCGUAUGUGUCCCCUUCGGCAGCAGCAACCUUCGUCCGUUCACCUACGACGUAUAACAUACCGAGCCCACAGGACCCGUAUUUUGCUUUCGCCACUAUUGGUGCUGGACAAGGACAAGGUCUAGGAUUCGCAGAAGCCGUUGAGGAGGAACUAUCCCCACCACGCACUCCCGCUUAUCCUGCUUAUCCGGGUUCCCCAUUGCCAUUGCCCGCGACACCAUUUUGGCAAGCAUCAAUUACACAACAAUCGGGGGUUGGCCUGGUGGUGCCUAGCGUCGACAUGAGGCGUGAUCGUGGUGGCGCUCCUUUGCCGACCCCAGGGUUGACUGUGUCUGGAUUUCCAAUAGGGAUGGAGAUUGGCGCAGAGGUGGACACAAAGAUGAAGGCAAAUGGGGAGCCCAUCGUUGUCUCUAUUGGCCUGCUUCCAAUCGCGCACAAGGGGAAAGACAAGGUGAACAUGUAUGCACAGGAUAUGAUCUACCCUCUGGAUCAGUUCACGCUGGAUAUUUUUGUAUAUAAUCAGUCGUCGUGGACACGACGAUUUGAGGUGAGUUACCCCGAUGAGAGACGACGACGACGCAAAGGUCGUAGCAGGGGAGAUGCUAACUCACCUGGUAUUUUGCCAUUGGAGAACCGAGUGCGCGUCGGACCGCUAUUACCAUCCACUUGUCAAUCGGUUCGCAUGGAUUUCCUAGCACUCACCCCUGGAGUUCACUCCAUAGAGGAGCUGAUUUUGAUGGACACUCAGACCGAUUAUACGAUGCAUCUUGGCUUUGUCAUGGAUAUAGUAGUUCAUGAGCCACCAGACGCUGGUCCUGCGGUGCUAUAG